AUGUCCUUUAACCUUUUGAAGGGGGUCUGCUGCAAGCAAGAUGAUUACUGGCAGCCUAUCUUCUUGAUGAAGAUGAGACAGGUUCUGUGCGGCAAUUGUUUCACAUUGAAUGGUGAGAUCGACACGAAGAAGCCGAUAUGGCUUUGGGAUGCAUGGGGUGUCGAUUUGGUGGAAAACGAAAAUUUAAUUAUGAUCCGAGUUGCUGGAAACCCUGGAGGUGCCUGCAUCAAUACGAUUUGUGUUGUACGUCGGAAAAGGGCAAAUUGUCCCACGCCUCCACCAGCUCGCCUAGGCCUCACCUCAGUAGCCCAUCGCGGCCCCCGCAUUGACCCACGUGCCUCCGAGAAGUCCGCGCCUGCACGCCCGCUUUGCCAGUCUUCAUCGCCGCUCCCGCGGAAUCCUUCUGCGCCUGGACACCGCGGCCUAGGAGAAGGUUGCGCCCGUAGAGCAGCACAUCACUUCGACCCGUGCGAGGUCGCGCCCGCGGAGCGCCUCUGCGCGUGGGAGCUCGCGACUGCGGAGGAGAUCCACGGCCCGCGGAGGGCGCGACCAAUUUUUUUAAAACUCCCGUUUUUUCUCGAUUUUUGGCAAGGAAUUCUUACUUUGUCCCACAUCGGCUAUCAUAAGUUCAUAACAGCUCGCGGGCUGCCCGCCCCGCACCGCCAAAUUGGGUCGAGAUUUCUUGGGCUAGGAGUGGGCCUAAACGGUCCAGUCUGUGCUUGCAUGACCGGGCAGGACGGAUCGUGUCCGUGCCUCGCCCCAAACUCCACCAACGACCAAAUCCUAAACCGAUCCGCCCGUUCGCCGCCCUCGCCCGUUCUCCGCCCUCCUCCCUUGCCGUGCGCCGCCGUCGGCCGGCGUAACUCUCAACCGCCUGCUGACCUACUGGUAGACUCCCACCAAACGGUCCAAACCUUCGCCCUUUUUGACGACGGGCCUUAUUCCUCUCGUAUCUCGGCUCUUCGGUGGCAGUUUGCAAGUUCUGCUUGUAUAGGAGUCUGGGUUGAGCUUAUCAGGUUGGAAUGUCGAUAUUCGAUGGACUACCCAUUUCGCGAGAUAAAUCUAGGUUUCUCACUGGGACUAUGGGCAUUUUUAAAUUCAAUAUCUGGUGUUCUAGUUCUAUAUCUAAGGGAAGAACUUGCUAAAAUAGAUGAAAGCUGGGCUGCAGCACGCUUUGAUUCAUUACCCCAUGUUGUGCAUAUUUUAACAUCAAAAGAUCGUGAAGGCGAAGUGCAGGUCUUAAAGGAGCAGAGUGAUAUCAUUGAAGAAGUCGUUGACGAAGUUGUUCACGUUUAUCAUGGUGGCUUUAACAAAGCAAUUCAAAAUUAUUCUCAGAUUCUUCGGUUAUUCAGUGAAUCUGCUCAAAGCAUUGGAGCGUUAAAGGUUGAUUUAGGUGAGGCGAAGAAGCUUCUCGGUGCUCAUAAUAAGCAGUUGCAUCAGCUGUGGUAUCGAUCCGUAACUUUGAGACACAUUAUUGCUUUGUUAGACCAAAUCGAAGGCAUAGCUAAGGUAAUUAUCAAUGUUAUUUUGAAUUUCUUCUCGCAAUCCGCUCUUUUCUCUAUCAAGUGGUCCUACCUGUUCCUUGCAAUGUUCGCCGCCCUUAUGAAGAAGAAAAUAGCCUCCACUAAGGCUGACUUGUCUCAAACCACGAUCCCGACCGCCGCGUUUUCUUGGCGCACUCGGAUAGCUAUGAAUGCCUAUGAGGUUCUGAAGGUUACUCGACAAACUGACUCUAUUGACGACUAUAUUGCUGAAUUUGAAGCUUGUGUGGUUUGGGUGCCGGAUCUGCCUGACCCUCAUUAUUUAGGCCAGUUUUUGGGUGGUUUACGCGAGGAUAUUCACAUCCGUAUACAACAGGAUCCAUCCAUUAAUGUCCGACCACUCAGCGCUCCACCAUUCUCGACACAGGUUCAACAGGUACCUGGUCGUAUUGAAAAGCUUCUUGCUGAAGGACAGUUUUAUGCUGCAGUGCAGCUACAUGUUCAGUCAGCUUUAAUGCUUGAGAGAGAAGGUCUUCAGACGGUUGGUGCUCUUCAAGAUGUUCGGUCGGAGUUGACAAAGCUGAGAGGAGUAAUCUUCUAUAAGGUUUUGGAGGACUUACAUGCUCAUCUGUACAAUAAGGGUGAAUGCAGCUCAGUUGUUUCAGGAAUAUAUGAAAAUGACGAUGCAAUUCUAACAUCCAGAGACACUACAUUUUCCAUGAAUUAUUCACGCUCUCUCUCUCGAAGGACCAGGUUGCUGAAAGGAGACAAUAAUUUUGGAACUCAUGUUAAUGGAGAUGUAUUGUACAGACCUGGUUCAGUUGAUGGAGGUGAGGAUGGCACAAUGGAAACACAUGAUGAUGCUACAUCCAAUGGAUAUACUCCUUCAAUGAGGACAAAUGGUGGUGAUAAUAGUGGGAAGGAUGCAAAAGCUGUUUCUCGUCAAAUUCCCAUGUGGUUAUCAGAUUCCACUCCUGACGAAUUUGUUGAAGCAAUAAGAAAGAGUGAUGCUUCUUUACAUGUAAAGUAUUUACAGACUAUGGUUGAAUGCCUCUGCAUGCUUGGGAAAGUUGCUGCUGCAGGUGCUAUAAUAUGCCAAAGAUUGCGUCCUACUAUCCAUGAGAUUAUUACUACCAAGAUCAAAGCACAGGCAGGAUGUUUCAAUGGGGCGAGGCCUAGUCUUGGCCAUGCUGCCUUGCCUACUGUUGCAGCUCUACACUAUCUCAAAGGGCGGCUAGAAAGUCGACAUGUGCCAAAGCAGAAACGUCAGAAUGGGGUUUCACUCUCUGGAGCUUUAACGACAGUGAGCCCUGUCUCCCCUGUAAUGUCUCCAGCUGGAGCAGCUCAAAUUGCAGCUCAAGAACUUCUAGACUCCAUAUUAGACACGGUUGUUAAGAUUUUUGAAAACCAUGUUAUUGUUGGUGAGCUACUCGAGUCGAAGGCUUCACAACAAGUUAACAUGAACACUCCAAAAGCAAUGGCUGCUGAUGUCAGUUGGAGUCACGAUUCUGAUGCUUCUCAUGAUACUGGUGGCUAUACAAUUGGCUUUUCCUUAACUGUUCUACAGAGUGAGUGCCAACAACUAAUAUGUGAAAUCUUACGGGCAACUCCUGAGGCCGCUUCUGCUGAUGCUGCUGUUCAAACUGCUAGACUCGCCAGCAAGGCCCCCUCUAAAGAUAAGAGGCAAGCAUUCAUGGGUCUAUUUUUUCAUCUGAUGGAUGGAUCAGAAGAUGGUCUCACCUUUGCGUUUCGCUUUACAGAUGUUACUAGUGUUUCCGUUCCUAAUCAGGGGGCUGACCUUAUCCGCCAAGGAUGGAGAAAGGGUCCGAAUGCUGUCCAAGAAGGUUAUGGUUCUGGAGCAGUGUUACCAGAGCAAGGCAUAUAUUUAGCAGCAUCAGUUUACAGGCCAGUACUGCAGUUUACAGAUAAAGUUGCAUCGUUGCUUCCUCAAAAGUUUUCCCAACUUGGCAUGGGGCAUGGGAUUGAUUUUGAUUCUCUACUGUUUUUUCUAUCAUCCUGUCCAGCCGCAUUUCGCCCGCGAGCUAAUGCAGCUUCCUCUUACACUCCAUCAAUUGAGAAAGGACGCCCAGUUUUACAAGGAUUAUUGGCAAUAGAUUACUUGACAAAAGAGGCAGUUCUUGAGAAGCAAAGUUAUAUGCUUAUUGGAAGACACGACAUCGAUAACCUGUUGCGACUUGAUCCCGCCAGUGCAUGUUUACCGGAUUCUCUAAGCCAAAGAAUCAGAGAUAAUGGUGCGUCUGAUGCUGAACUCACUGAAGUAGAGGCACAAUUAAGUGAGAUACUGCUGAAUUUAAGGCCUAUUAGGCAGGAGAAUCUGAUUCGUGAUGAUAACAAACUUAUUCUCUUGGCUUCCUUGAGCGAUUCCUUGGAAUAUGUUGCAGACUCAAUAGAAAGGCAAGUGAUCCUAUCAGUUGGCACUCGGGUUUUCCAGAAUUGUUAUGGUUUCGGCUACCCGAUGGGUGAUGUUAGCACAACUCUUGUUAAUGAUAGGGCAUCUUACUUCCUGCUUCUUAUGUGCUUUAGGCUAGGGCAAUCAUCUUCCAAAUCUGAUGAUCAUGUAGAAGAUAAUGAAACAAGGAAGCCCUUGAAUCAUGCCAGAACAAAUAGUGCACCUUCUAAAGAUCUUGCAUCAUUUUCUGAAGAAUAUAGAAGACUGGCAAUUGACUGCCUCAAGGUUUUACGUGUAGAGAUGCAGUUGGAGACUAUUUUCCGUAUGCAGGAAAUGGCAAAGAGGGAGUAUUUGGAUGAUCAAGAUGCUGAGGAGCCUGAUGAUUUUGUUAUAUCAUUAACUUCAAAGGUAACACGUCGAGAUGAGGAAAUGGCUCCAUUUGUUGCGGAUGUGAAGCGGAAUUACAUAUUUGGGGGAAUAUGUGACAUUGCAGCUAAUUUGUCGAUAAAGGCCUUGUCUGAAAUGAAGUCUAUCAACCUUUUUGGCGUUCAGCAGAUUUGUCGUAAUUCAAUAGCACUGGAACAGGCAUUAGCUGCUAUUUCAUCAAUUGAUAGUGAAGAUGUACAAAUGAGGUUGGAUCGUGCACUGCUUGCAUUUAUAUCAGAGCAUGAAUACCUUUUCACAGCCGCAGAGUACGCAAAUCUUUUGAAGGUCCAUGUCCCAGGAAGGGAAAUUCCUGAUGAUGCUCACGACCGCGUGAGAGAAAUUAUGGCUCACUAAGAAUUUAGAAUUCAGUUUUCAUAUGUAAAUGCCCACUCAUGAAGAGUAAGGUUAUUAGACGAAAUACGGAGAGUUGGAGACCUUGACCUAUUCCUGAAUGAAAAAAAUGAAGUGUGGAGCAAAUUUGUGACUUGAUAUCUCUUAUUCCAGGUAUAUUUUGUGAUUAAUUCUUGUAAGAUUGCAAAAAAUAUUGGGCCAUCUCGAUACUCGUUAUUUGGUCUUUCUGUGUUCAUCCCAUGUACAUUCGAUUUUGUAUCACUGUGCUUUUGUUUGGUUUAUUUGUGGGUAUGGUUCUGGGUAGAUAUGGAGUGAUGGUUAUUUAUUGAAUAGCUGACUUUGAAUCACUUGAAGAUGUGUAUUGUUUUGAGACACUUGAAACAAAAAGAAUGGAAUCGUCUUUGGCGGUGAAUGUGUAAAUGUGUCCAACUAUCUUCUUUAUUGUUCUCCCUUAUGGUCUCUGG